CUGAGGAGCGUGAUGCUGCAUGGAUGCCUGCAACGAAUGACGCAAACAAGGGGGCCCUUGGCGUAUUCCGGCUGUGUGCACGAGAUAAGCCUCAGAAGAUUUUUGCCAUGCCAUGCGCCUCGUGAGAGAAAUUGAUAGCACUGGACUCGAGAAGAAGUGCCACCUUGAGAUCAUUCAGCAUGAAGAGGGUGAGGUCCAAGCAAAGAGGCAGAGGGUUGCAGAGGCAGCAGAAGGAAGCACAGAAGAAGGCGAGCCGAGAGGCAAGGAUAAGCUGAUUAUUCAACUGGAGAUUCACCGGGUACAAGACUCGACUAUACCUCGGGGCCGGUGAGGCAUAGUGAAGAAGGACCUCAUAAGGAUAUUGAUAGCUCAAAUCUCUGUCGUUCUCCAGCAAAACAUGCACACUGCAUGUGGAAGUGGUCCCUGUGAGCAAGAUGGAAGCUUGGACUCGAGCUAGGGGCACAGUCAAGAUUCUCGCGAUCACUAGUUUUUGCUAUGUGUACAUUCCGAGCUUAAUACACCAUAUAACGCAGCUUGCUCGAA